GUCUACCGUUUCAGUGUCAAGGUCUUUGGCAGAAUGCGCAUAACUUGUCUGGAAUAUGGGAAACGGACAUAAAAUAAACAUGAAGGUGUCCCGGGGGCUACUUUUCUGCGCUCUGAUUGGUCGAAAAUGUGGCGGGUAAUUUGUUCAAAUACGGCACGUGCAAAGUGCACGCAAAUAUUCGCGCAAAAAUCAAUUCAUUCAUUUCGCUUGGAGACCUUGAGACAGCGAAGGUCUCGAGCUAGGACGAGAUUUCCCAUUGAACGCCAUUAGAAACUUUGUAUUCUCUUUCAAUACUGCUUUGUUCAGUCCAUGCUUUGAUCUAUUUAGUAAAUGGCAAGUGGAAGUGACUCUGCAGCGAAAGACCUUCGGCAUUUGAGCUUAGAAGCUGUCGAAGAACCGAACACACGAAAGAGAAAGAAGGAUUCUUGUUCAAGAGGAGCCAUAAACAAGCGAACUAGAGCAGGAUUACAACAGAAGAAAACCCAGAUGUCUGUGCAUGCACUGUGCAAUGCAGAGGGAAGCAUUAGUGGAUUUUCAAGGAUAGAAACAAGGAGUCAACGACAACAGAAGGCAUUAAGAGAACAUACAGCAAGCAAUGCUCUUCCCGAAAAAGGGAAAUCUGCUAGUUUUACUUUCAGCAAUUACUUUAUGUCAGUUGUAAAGAGUGUCAUGCCCCUUCCUGAACUUGACUGGGCAGACCCAAAUGAGGUGUGGGCGAUAAUGCUUCAGAAAGAUAGAAAAUACUACAGGGACCCAUUGUACUUUAGAAGACACUCAUUUCUCCAGCCAAGAAUGCGGUCAAUUCUUCUGGACUGGCUAACAGAGGUGGGUCUGUUAGAUCUGUGCAUACUGGAUGUAGGUUCUCUGCAGUUCUCAUAUAGCAUCUUAGCAGCAUCAGCUCUCUGCCACAUGCUUCCUGGCAUUAAUGUUGAUCAAGUCACAGUUCCUUCCUUGAUUUUGCAGCUGUUAGAUCUGUGCAUACUGGAUGUAGGUUCUCUGCAGUUCUCAUAUAGCAUCUUAGCAGCAUCAGCUCUCUGCCACAUGCUUCCUGGCAUUAAUGUUGAACAAGUCACAGGUCACACCUGGGAGGAGCUUUUCCCAUGUAUCCAGUGGAUGAAAUCUUUUGCUCAUGUCACCAUAGAGAAGGGACCUGCAACCCUUAGAAGUUUUGAACAAGUUCCACGUGAAGACGCUCACAACAUCCAAACUCAUGCAGUUGACUUAGCAUCCUUGGACAAAGCUCAAGCUCUUCAAAGCAGUUCUUGCUCUGCAGCAACAGAAAACAGGUCUACAUCUCCAGUUGUAGAACCAUUCAACCCUUUGACUCCACCUAGUAGUACAAAAAAACCUGCUGUGCUAAUGAUCGAUUGAAACAAACUUAAUUCAGUCAAAGACGUUUCAGCCUAGAAAACAUGCCUAUCUCUCCAGUGCAGCAUUUGUUACACCCUUGAGGAAGGGUUCAUUAUUUCCCAACAUGCACAAUGUCUGUGUCAUGUUUCUCGGUGGUUUUUACUCGAAACUAAUUAAAUAAUUAUUCAUGGCCACUGUGCCUUGUUCUUACAUCACUGUGUUAGUUUUCAUUGGGGAUUAUAGGAGUGACUCACUGAAAGAGAGAGAUGCAUUUUCUUUGGCUACAAAAAAUUAAUCUGUUUCUUAUGCACGUUUUUCGUAUUAGGAUCACAUUGUUCUCCAGAGAAAAUUAAACAAUGUGAAUAGGCCAAUUUUUGAUAUAUUGAAUUCCUAACUUGGCUCUGAGGCUUAGUGGAAUGAAAUAAUGUGAUUUCUUCUGUUUUAUUCUCCCAGUCUCAGAGCAAGUUAGAAUUUUUAACGUAUUUAAAUUGGCCUAUUGCAACACAGCUCAUUUUAUUACCUCAUCAGACAUUACAUUUUAAAAGUUUUGACAUUGAUUGUUUUUAUGUUAAGAGAAGUAAUUAUGUAACUUUUUUUACGAAAUAUGUGAAUACAACUAAAAGAUUUUUUAGAGAAAUCAAAUAAUGAUACUUUUUUAAUAUUUUUGAGAAAGUCUUAAGACAUGUUAAAAAGUUUUCAAGCAGUCGCUUGUUCUUAAACUACUCAGAAAAUCAUUCAUUCAAGCAGUGCACACAGAGACUAUCAUAGAAGUACAUGUAUGUAGAUAGACUAUUAGGAAAUGGGCAUUGUUACUAAGCUAAGAACAUUUGCAAGUGGUUUUACUUUGAGGUGAAUUUUACAGAGUGCAUGACUUUGAAGGCUUUGUGAAGACAAAGCUAUUGACAGUGUCAUCUCACACAGAAAAAAACAACUGGAACUCUUUUUGUGUGUACAUUCUCAAUCAAAUUUCCCAAGGAAAAAUGAUUGCUACAUAGAAAUGAAAUUCUGGUACAGUGUGGUAGUGUUUUAGCCAAAUGAUUGCAUCAUGCAGUUGUCUGCAAACUAUUGGCAUGUCAGAUACCUCCUGACAAAGUGCUACAAAAUUAGUUUCUAGGUUCAAAGGAAUUACUAGUCCUGAAUUGUGUUUUGCAUCAAACUUCUACAACAUUUAUUCUUUCCUCUGUUAAAAAGAGUGACAUGUAGGGUAGGAAUUGCCUAGAGUAUACACAUUACUAUCAUUUCACAUUAAGUUGCCAUUACUUGUGUACAUAGUCCCUUAAAGCUUGUAAAUGCUUACAGAGUGUAAUUAUGUAGGUAGGCUAUUGAAAUUUUUACAGAAAUUAUUUCAGGGAAAAAACUUAAGGAACAGCAAUUUGUGAAUUUUUACCAGAUAAAAUUCAAGUUUGUAUGAAAAGUACUCAAUAAAGUUUGUUAGGAAAGACUUAA